ACUCAUAAUCUACCUUUAAUUGUUAGCAGAUAAUCAAAUUCAAAGGCAUUGAACAUAUUCUUAUGUUAACCAUGUGCUUAUGUUUUCAAUUUACUUUAGUCACAACAUGUUAUGAAAACAUUUAGGCUUUUUAUUGAUUUAUUUUGGUGUAAUGUAACAAAAAGCAAUGACUUGAGUUUUGAUCCUUUUGCUAUUAUGAUGUCUCGUACUGGUGAUAUAUUAAUUGUAUGCUUUGAUUCUCAGCCUCACCUGAAACCACGCACGCACACACACACACACACGGACGGACGGACGGACGGACAGACUGAGUGUUUUUGGAUUGGCUGUUUACACGUGAACGUUCUGUGGCACAAAAUUAACCCAACCAAAGGCGGAAAAAUGGAAAUGUGCUUCUGUUCAUUGGGAAUCUUCACAUAUUUUUUUACUCUGAACGGUUUAUUUUUUCCAACUGCUGGUUAUGUGCUGAAGGACUGCUGGAUCACACGGCACACACAGGCCAUCUGUAAGCCCAUUGGUAGAACUUUAAAUGUGUUUCCAAAGGACAUUCCAGCAAGGGUGACGACUAUGGACUUGUCCGUAAAUAAAAUUUCAAAACUAAAUAAUACAGAUUUGGAGGAUUUACCAAAUCUGGUGCACAUAGACCUGACAGAAAAUCGGAUCUCCGAGAUAGAAUCUGGCACUUUUGCGGGCCAAAUUUCUCUAGAGGUUUUGAUUUUAAACAAAAAUAAGCUUAGAAAACUGCAGAAGGGUAUAUUUGAUGGCUUAGUUAAACUAACAAUGCUUGGACUUACUCACAAUGAGAUUGAAACAGUAGCACCCACCUCUUGUAAGUCUCUGAUCAAUCUAAAGUUUUUGGAUCUAGGCCAUAACAAACUGCACCACUUAACAAAUUAUCAGCAAAUCUUACAGCAAAUGCCACAUUUACAGACCCUUCACGUUGGAGCAAACAAUAUAUCCACUUUUAAUUCGUGGGAGCUGUCAAAUAAGCCUACAGAACUUGUUACACUUGAUUUGUCUCAAAAUGAGCUUUUGGUCUUUGUGCUCACUGCCGAUAUCUUUCCCAAACUCACAAAGUUGGGCCUUAAUGAUGGUAUAAAGAAUGGUAUCGUCUGGGAGAUGAAUGACACAUCACACCUUAUUGGCAUUUCUGAACUAGAUAUCAGUAGGGUUCACUCCUCAUUACACGGACUGCAGGAAGUUCUGGAGACAUUUAACUCCUCACUGAUGAAUCUGAGGUUAAACCAUAUGAAAAAAAACCUGGAAAUUCUCAUAAGUAUUUCCUGCAAAAUCCCAUCGCUGACCUCUCUUACAGUCCAACAUAAUAGCAUCAGGGUUAUUAGUUCAGACAUGCUGCACUUGUGCUCCAAUGUGAAUGAGUUGGACUUGGGGCACAACAAGAUAACUAACAUAUCUGACAAAUCAUUUCAAUCUCUUAGGCAGCUUCAAAUUUUAGUCCUUAUGUUCAACAGCCUCUCAUCUGUCCCAUAUGCCAUCAGGAAUGUAUCAACACUCUUUAAACUGGAUCUCAGCUUCAAUCGCAUGCGUGUGCAUGACUGUGAGGAUUUUGCCAACAUGAAAAGUCUCAGAAUUCUCUUUCUAAACAAUAAUCCUUUAGGUGCUCUAAAGGACUGUCUUUUCAGAGAUUUAGUCAAUUUAAAAAACUUGCAGUUGCCAAACUGCAGUAUUCGUAAAUUAAACGGUGCGUUCAUCAACACCAUGCCAAAUCUCCAAGUGCUUAAUUUGUCAAAUAAUCAACUCACUGUUCUAGAUCAGGGAGAAUUUAAAGCUUUGAAAUCCCUUCAAAAUCUGACAUUAGAUGGGAAUAAAUUAAGCAAGUUAAAAAGUGGUGCAUUUCAUGGACUGUCCAAUCUUAGAUACCUUACACUUCAGUCAAAUAAACUAAAAGAAACUCAAAUCAAAAACAAAGUUUUUCGUGACUUGAAGGGAUUAAAGUCAUUGAAUUUGAUGAGCAAUCACAUUAAAUAUAAAUCAGCUGAGUUGAUUCCCAAGGCACCAUUUGCUGAGCUUUCAAAACUAGAUACAUUGAGUCUUUCAGGGCAACACGGUCGAUUUGGAGCAUACCUCCCUCAAAAUCUUCUAAAAGGCCUGACAAAUUUGUCAACACUCAAUAUCAGAAGUUCCCAUCUUAUGUAUAUGCACCCACAUACCUUCAACUAUACACCCAAUCUGAAAGUGCUUUCCUUGAGUUCAAAUGAUAUUGCUGACUUUGUUCAUGGUUUGUUUUCUCCGAUUCAAAAACUAAAAAGUCUCAAAAUCUCACACGCAAGUCUGCAGUCUCUAGAUUUUCUGCUGCUUGCUAACCUUACAGAGCUGAAGUUCUUGGAGGUGAGACAUAAUGCCUUUUCGGAGAUUAGAGAAACUGUGUUGCAGUCUCUGCCAGCACUUGAAUACCUAGAUAUAAAGGGUAAUAGCUUCAGCUGUGACUGUGACAAGGCGUGGUUCCUCCAAUGGGUAAUCACCAAGAAGCAAACACAAGUGUUUGAUGCGUACAACUUUGAAUGCAACUCCCCUCCAAACCUUAAAGGGAAAAAACUGUUGGAUAUUGACAUUCGAUCUUGUGCAGUAGACAUGGGCUUCAUCUGUUAUAUUUCCACGGCAUGUGCGGUCAUCAUGACCAUAGCAGUCUCCUUCACCCACCAUUUCCUGCAAUGGCAUCUGGUCUACACGUACUACCUCAUGCUGGCGUUCCUCUACAACUCAAAGCACAAGAACAAGCGUGCUCAUCAAUAUGACGCCUUCGUCUCCUACAACGCAAACGACGAGGGCUGGGUGCUGGGGGAGCUGCUGCCCAAGCUGGAGGACGAGCAGGGCUGGAGACUGUGUCUGCACCACCGAGACUUCCAGCCAGGAAAGUCCAUCAUGGACAACAUUACAGACGCCAUCUAUGGCAGCCGGAAGACCAUCUGCGUAGUCAGUCGGGAUUACCUGAAGAGUGAAUGGUGCUCCAGAGAGAUCCAGGUAGCCAGCUUCCGUCUGUUUGACGAGCAGAAGGACGUGCUGAUCCUGGUGUUCCUGGAGGACAUUCCCAUGCAGCAGCUGUCUCCGUACUACCGCAUGAGGAGGCUCCUGAAGAGACAAACCUACCUGAGCUGGUCCCGUGCAGACGCACACCCAGACCUGUUCUGGGAGAAGCUCCGGCAGGCCCUGAACACCCAGGAGCACCCAAUAGGUGAGCAUCUACGGCUCACCGUGGAGGACGGACCCCCAGGAGAGAGACCAGACCAGUAAAAGAAAGGCUGGAGGGGGGGUGAGACCUUGGACUCAUUGGCAAAUUCUUAAUAUGGGAAUGCAACAAAUAUCAAGUUAUAUUCUCAUCGAGGGCCUCCGUCCCCGUUUCAAUAUGAUGAAUUGACAGGGCAGACUAGGGCCAAAGGUGUGUGACAACCCGAGGAAACUAGUGCAACAGACGUUCACCGACGGCCCGACAAGGUUCACGGUUUGUUCAUAUCACAGUUUUGGGGUCACUGUUUUUGUUUCAGUAUUGUACGUUUUUGGUAAAGCAAGAAAUGAAAGUGCUCAUAAAAAAUGUCAUUAUAUUAAUACAUAUAUACAGUGUAUACAUACAUAUAUAUGUUAUCCCCUAUAAUAUAUUUAUUAGGUAAUAGUGGUGCCACCAUGUAAUGCUUUCCUUUCUGAAACAGUCGUGGAGGAAUCCACAUUUCAAGGGCAAUUUUGCGCAAAGCUGCAUUUCCCUUUAGGCCUACAUUCUUUAAGAUGCUGUUCCGUCUUCGUCUUGCUCUGAUGACUAAUUUCCUUAGUUUUGUGGAAUCUCUACUUUAUCAUAAUUGUAUUCACUAAUGCCCUGUUAUUAAUAAAGAAGUCAAGUCCAUCUUAUUGUAUAACUCUUUAACACAUUUAAUCUUAAAAGGGCUUAACAGACCAAAUACUAAGAACUCCCUGAGCAACAUGAGUUCCAGAAGUGAAAUCAUGAUGUAGCUCCUUCAUCAUGUUUUCACUUUGAAUGUUUUGUUUUUUUCUCAAAUUCUGUAAAAUUCAUACUGCAGCCUAUACCUCAAGUCGAAAACUCUUGACAUUUUCAGGUAUGGUUACCAAUAACCAGUGUUGUGCCCGAACGCGUUAAUUGAACGAUUGUUGAUGAACUCGUUCAUAUUUUGGCCGAACGUGAACUGAACGUACUGUAUUACUGCCUGAUUAACGUUACUGUGAACUCUUUCAUUCGGGUGCCUGUGAACGGAACGCUAGCUUAGUUUAACUUCGUUCAAUAUGGGGGUUAUUUGUUUAUCAACACGGCGGAUGCGCGCGCAGAACGCUGUGUUGUUUGACCGGUUGCCAUGGUAAUCCCCGUGUGGUUAAUUUGCAGUUGCGGUGAGUUCAGCUUACUGUCACAUUAAACUGUUAUCAGAAAAUGCGGUUAUAUGCUAUAGACCCUAUAGUAACUUUCGUAUAAAGGCUGGGACGAAUUUCAAAUUAUAAAUAUGUACACUUUAGGUUGAAAUUAUCGCGAUUCCCAUUGAAACGAAUGGCGUGGUGAUUAUUUUUCAAAAUGAGAGCUGUUAAAUUGUGAAAAAUGAAUUAAACUGUAAUCAGACAACGCGGUCAUAUGCUAUAAACCCUAGAGUAUCUGUGGUAUAAAGGCUGAGACGAAUUUCGAAUUAUAAAUAUGUACAAUCCAUAACGUUAGCUCUCUGGCUCAUAGCUCAGCGGACUAGAAUACCUCAUAGAAUCAUUGCUUGUUGGCCGGAAACGAAAAAGGGGGCUGUUUACGUUUGGUUGUAGUCUUUUCACUCGGUUCUCUGUCUC